AUGGAGAGCGAAGAAGAACCCCAAGUUAAAGAGAAGGAGCACUCCAAAACCCCAGAUAUGAAGGUCCCCAACAAAUCAAAGACGAAGCGCUACAGCGAGAUCUUCCGGGACUUCGAUAAUUUUGAACUCUCUUUGGUCAACUCCACUGUAGAGGAGAUGUUUCCAGACCCUGACUCCCAGUCGAUUGCUGAGACCGUCUCUACGGAAACCACAGACAACACUGAGCUGGAUCAUGUGACGUGUGAGGAUGUCUACCCCCCAGAUGACGAUGACAAAGAUGGAGGUCUAUCAGCCCAGGAAGCAGACCUGGCCCUGUGUCGCUGUGAGGGAGGCGUGGAGCUGGCCCUGCAGUAUGCCAAGAUGUGGUGCCGCUACGCCAAGGACCUGCUGGCCUGGAUGGAAAAGAGAAUCAGUCUGGAGCAAGAGUUUGCCAAGAACAUCAUAAAGGCAGCAGAAACGGCUAAGUCCUGUGUGGCUCAGCAGGACAUGAUGCCUCUGCAGUACAUCUACACCAUGGCCCUGGAGCACGAUGUGAAGACCAGCCAGUCUACUAAACAGACAUCAGAACUGCUGCAGCAACGCUGCUACCAGGCCCUGGCAUGCAAGAAGAAUGAGAUUGAUAAGUGGCGCAGGGAGUUCAAGGAGCAGUGGUCCAGAGAACAGAGGAGGAUGAAUGAGGCGGUGGCGGCUCUGAAAAAGGCUCGUCAGCAGUACCUGCAGCGCAGCGAGGACCUGGAGAAGACCAAGGCUGUGACGGCCAAGGCCGGGGACGAGCUCACAGCGGGACACAAGACCCUGGACAAGAGGAGGAAGUCACGUGAUGACGCACAAUCAAAGGUGAUGGAGGCAGAGAUGCAGUACAGACAGUGUGUGUGUGAGGCCCAGGACCACCAGGACAAGCUGGAGAGCUUGAAGGAGAAAAUCAUAGUUCACACCCGUAAACUCAUCUGCCAGGGGGACACUGUGCUCAAGGAGGCCACAGUGAACAUGUUCUACUUCCAGCGUCAGCAGACGGAGCCGGUUCCCCUGGGCUACCACAACCUGGAGUUGACCUGCAGGCCGUGUGAACCCGGGGAGCCCUACCUGCUGUAUAUCUUUAGGAAGAGAAGCCAAGAACAGCCCCUACAAACCUUCACCUUCCAGGAGUUUGUCCCUCAGAACAAGAGUGGCCGUCGUAAGACCAGCAACCCCAGCUCUCUACAGGACUCCUUCUCCCUGCCUGAAGAAAGUCUGGUUAAUCGUAAGGGCUACAGUGACAGUGAGAGCAUUGGAGGCAGUCUGGAGUCUCUGUCCAGCCCAGCCCAUGGCAACAGGAGGCUUCCUAAAGCCCCCUCCACAGGGACAAUGUCAUCAGACGACCUGGAUGAGAGGGACAUAGGCACCGUCCUGGAAGGAGAUUGUGUGGACUCCACUCCAGAGGGGAACGGUACGGCGGGGAAGGUACGGACUACGUCCCGAGCCGCACUGACACACCGACUCAGGAAGAUGAAGAGCAAGAUGGUGAAGUGCAAACAGUGUGACAAUUACAUCGUUGUCAACGGCAUCGAGUGUGAGGAGUGUGGCGUGGCGGUUCAUAGGAAGUGUCUGGAGGUGUUACAGCAUGAGUGUGAGAACAGGAAGGGCGUUCUGUUUGGGGUGGGUUUCUCCCUGUUGCCCCGGGACCGGCCUGACGAGGUGCCCUUUGUGGUCCAGCGCUGCACGGCCGAGAUAGAGAGCAGGGCCCUCACUCUACAGGGGGUGUAUCGUAUCAGUGGGUCGAAGCCUCGCAUCCAGAAGCUGUGUCAGGUCUUCGAGACCCAGAAGGACCAGGUCGACCUCUCUGACCUUUCACCUCAUGACGUCACCUCAGUCCUCAAACACUUCUUCAAGGAGCUUCCAGAGCCGCUGUUGACCUUUGACCUGUACAAUGACUUCAUCUCGGUGGGCAAGGAGAUCCAGCGUCUCAGUGGGAGGGAGGCGACAGCUGAGAUAGUGGAGGACCUCACAUAUAGCCUGAGAGACCUGCUGGGGAGACUGCCCCCAUACCGCUACUACACACUACAGCAUAUGAUGCGUCACCUUCACAGAGUAUCAGAGAAUUACGAGGAGAACAAGAUGUCUCCCAGUAACCUGGGCAUCGUAUUUGGUCCGACCUUGCUGCGCCCGCUGGUGUCUGUAGACGUGUCCAUGGUGGCCCUACUGGAGACUACCUACCAGGCCCUACUGGUGGAGUUCCUCAUCACACACCACCAACACAUCUUCGACGCUCCACCUCCCGUCCCCACCACCCCCCUCCCUGACACCCCUUCCCGGGCGACGUGUUCAGGAGGGGCCCCGAAGACUGUUGCAGGGGCUGACCCUGGCUCUCAGGACCCCCCCGCUGGAGGAGCCUCGUCCAGAGAACGCCCCCGCUCUCUAGAGACUCGCACAAUCAAGAGAGACUUGAGUGAGGGUUAUAUAUCUGACAAGUCGUCGUCCAAUGAGGCAGUGGACCAGCUCAGCCCUGAAGCCAAUGAGAGAGCAGUCGUGGCUGUGAGGGGGGCAUCAGCAGAGGCUGCUGCUCUGGGUGAUCUGGUGGGGGGUCCAGAGCCAGGGGACUCUCCCUCUGUGGGGACCCAGCCACAGAGCCACUUCAGUAGGCAGCCUGUCAAAUACCAGCGCCAGCCCACCCCGGGUCUCCGCCGCUCCGCGGGCACUACCAGGAGAAGGAGAAGCCUUCGAUUGGAGCUCCCCCCCGAGACCACCGCCUACCACCUGCUCAGCCAGGCUGGAGGCCACUCACCAGAGAACCAGACAGAAAGAGAGAAGACACGCCCAUAUGAGGUUCCACAGGGCAGGCUGCGGGCGGGGACAGUGGUAGUAGACCCCUCAAUAGCUGAAACAGCAGUAGCGGCAGGAGCCAAUCCGACACCGAGCACCGGUGCUCAGGAGGCGUGGCUUAGAAGUCGGUUAGCCACAUUGUCUCAGCUGAACGUGAACCAGUCCAAUAACAGUCAGGGGUGGGUGGGUGAGAGGCGGAGACAGGGCAGAGAGGAGGGUCUGAGUGGCCCGGCCCAGAGGAUCCUGUCAGGACUGAAGCUCAGAUGCAGCCACUCAGGACUGCAGCAACACUUUGUCUGA